AUGAAUCUCUGCGUGACAACGCGCCGCGGUGCCGCGGCUGCCCGCGCGCACUGCGCCGGGCGCUGGGCGCACAGCAAGACCAAGUCAGCCAAGCCGCGCCUCGGAUCCAAGCCCAAGGCCAAGGCACCCAUGCCCACGGCCCCUUAUAAACAAGCCUCGCAGGCCCGCCCGCGACCGCCGCCGCCGCCGAGAUCCCACCCCCAUCAAGCCGACACCCUCCUGACCGUGUGGCGCGCGACGUGGCUUCCCCUCAGCGGCGCGGCCCUCGUCGCCGGCGCGCUCGGCUUUUACAUUUUCGGCACCGCCGCCGCCACAUACAAAGCCGGUGCCGCCGACGCCGUCCCGUGCGCGUGCGACGAGUCCGCGACGCCGACGGGCCGUCCGCCGGCCCUGACGGGCGACAACGCCGAGCAGUUUGACAAGGAGCUCGACUGGCCCGAGUACUGGAUGGGCAUUACGAGCCUCCGGCGACGGCUGGCAGCGCACGCGCGGGGCAACGUGCUCGAGCUGGCCAUGGGGUCCGGGCGCAACCUCGCGUACUACGACUGGUCGCCCAUAACGAAUGCGCUCGAAGCGGCGGCGGCGGCUGCGCGAGACGAAGACGACGAGGCGAAGAAGAAGACGAAGACGAAGUCGACAACGACAACGACGGCCCGCGCGGCGGUCAACACAAAGGGCAUCACGUCGUUUACGGGUCUCGACAUUUCGGCGGACAUGCUCGACGUGGCUUGCAAGAAGCUCACCAAGACGGUGCCCCCUCUCAAAGACGCCGCGCCCAUUGUGCGCGCCGCCUCGUCCCUGUCGAGCAGCGACAGCGACAGCGCCGGCCAGCUCUCCUUUCUCUCUGGCCGCCUCCGCCUCGUCCGCUCCGACGCGCACCACGCGUUGCCGCCCGCACCACCAUCCUUCUCUUCUUGCGCCUCGCCCAAGUACGACACCGUCAUCCAGACGUUUGGCCUGUGCUCCGUGGCCGAUCCCGUCGCCGUGCUGGCCAACCUCGCGUCGGCCGUCAAGCCGGACACGGGCCGCAUCGUGCUGCUCGAGCACGGCAGGGGCUUUUUUGGGCUGGUGAAUGGCUUGCUGGACCGCAACGCCGGCAAGCACUUUGCCAAGUACGGGUGCUGGUGGAAUCGCGAUAUCGAGGCGCUCGUCGAGGAGGCGGCCCGGACGACGCCCGGCCUCAGGAUUGUCAAGGUGGAGAGGCCAAAGGUGCUGCAGAUGGGCACGUUGGUGUGGGUGGAACUCAAGGUGGAGGAAAACGUCGGCAAGGGAGAAUGA